AUUCGAACCAAUAAUAGGGAUCCAUUUACUUGACAAGACUGACAAGGGAAAAUAGAGAAAAGUACUGAAGUUUUUCACAUUAUGAUUCCGUUUUGUCGCCCACCUGUGUGCAUUUGGUUCUUGAUUGAGGUCUAGAGGACGACUGUGGGUUGUGGUUUAUCAGCUCCGAUAAUUUCGAACAAGCAGAAAAGCAACAAAAAGGCGAAAUUUCUCUGUGUAGCGAAGCAAAAUGAGUUUCUUGUUUCGAUCUAGUAAAACCUUCAAACCUAAAAAGAACAUACCUGAGGGCACACAUCAAUAUGAUCUUAUGAAACACGCUGCUGCCACGCUUGGGUCCGGAAAUCUUCGCAAUGCUGUGCAACUGCCAGAUGGAGAAGAUCUUAACGAAUGGGUCGCUGUUAACACCGUCGACUUUUUCAAUCAAAUAAACAUGUUAUACGGUACAAUAACGGAGUUUUGCACCGAAGAUUCCUGCAGCAUAAUGUCAGCCGGGCCAAAGUACGAGUACCACUGGGCCGAUGGCCAAACAGUGAAAAAACCUAUCAAGUGUAGCGCUCCCAAGUACAUUGAUUAUUUAAUGACAUGGGUGCAAGACCAACUGGACGAUGAAACAUUGUUCCCUUCUAAAAUAGGCGUUCCUUUUCCGAAAAAUUUCAUCCAAAUUGCUAAAACUAUCCUGAAGCGACUAUUUCGAGUGUACGCCCACAUCUACCACCAGCACUUCUCGGAAGUAGUUCGAUUGAGCGAGGAGGCCCACCUAAAUACAUCGUUCAAGCAUUUUAUUUACUUUGUGCAGGAAUUCAACUUAAUCGAUCGGCGUGAACUCGCCCCUUUACAAGAUCUAAUCGACAAGCUUAUUACUAAGGAUGGUCGAUAAACCUUCCGGCGGCGCAAAGCUACGAACGAGCAAACGUCAUGAACAUCAACAACACAUUUUGUUUUAAUUAAGGAUAACAAGCCAACAAUACAGUAACAUAAACGAUUUUUACAAUCAUCUACUCAUUUUCUCCUGAUAGUUUUGUUUUUUUUUAUGUUUAAAGCGUUUGUUCGUAGAUCUAGAAAUUUAACAAUUCGUCCACAAUCUCACACCUUUACUUUAGUUAUUUAAUGUGUUAGUUUUAGAAUACAAAUUUAUUUUAAGAAUAAAUGUUAUUUUUUGUCGAUCGAUCAAGUUUAAGAUAAACAGCAACCUUUAUUAAUGCAUCUGUAAAUAUUUGUUCUAAACACGCAUGCAAACGGUUAUUUUUACUUUAAAAGUAAAACUCACGCAAUAUGUCACUACAGGGUGAAUUGUUCCCAAUAAUUUCGGCGUCUCUAUUUCGAGUAUUAAAGCUUAUUCUAUCGUGUACGUCGAAACAUCCAGAAAUACAAAUACUGUUCAUACUUGUUAGCUCAAACACGAUAUGUUUUGCUUCAAAAAACCGAUCAAUUCCAGUUUCCUCAGAAUGUACAAUAUCAGAAAUUCUAAAUGCUCUACACAUGAUAGCGACUGACGUCACAGCAUAGAGACAUUAAAGUUAGCAACGUCAUAUACAACCUAAUAUGUAACAAUCAAAUUGCACUAUUUGAUAUACGACGACUGAGCAUUAAAUUGUGAAA